AAAUGUCACCCGGAAAUUCUUUAAUCAGCUACCAGGUCAAAAGAGCGAAACGACCGUGCUAGACCGAGCUCUUCUUUCCAAGUGGAAUUGAAAUAAAAUAAAUAACAUAGUUGUACUCUAUCUUGUUCAAAGUCUGUAUAUCCUACUUUAUCGACUGAUAGAUCGCCAUUCAUUCCAGUCUAAAGCGACUAAUUAUUUCAAAGGCAACACGUUUUCUAGAAAGGUCUUCAUGUGGUAGUUGGCUAAGUUGCUAGCUAAUUAGCCCAUCAAAUCCUGAACAGACAUUUGGAUGGGUUCAGUGCAUGCAAUGAUGCCGAUCUGCUUCAAGUAGGAUAGCGGUUAUCAUUUGCAUAAGGUUAUUAUAACGGUUUUUAUUCAGACGCUGUGAACUUUGUUGUCCGUUGAAAGUGCGCGUAGCUGCACAGAGUACCAAGCUCACCACUCCCCCGUCUAAGGUUAGCUAGCAUCGUGGAGUACCACGAACAUGUCGGAUGAAUUUGAUGAAUUCGAGAGGCAGUUGACAGAAAACAAACAAGCCGACAGGGACAAGGAGAAUAAACACCAUGGGCGCAGUCGAUCGCGAAGUAAAAGCCGUGAGAAGAAACGGAGAAGCCGAGAUCGAGACAGAGAAAGGAGGACUAGCAGAGACCGACAUGCAGAGAGCAAAGAUCGUAGACAGAGACGCAGCCGUUCCCCACAUCGUGAACCAAAGAAGAAGAAAAUCAAGAAGUACUGGGAUGUCCCACCACCUGGCUUUGAACACAUCACUCCCAUGCAAUACAAAGCCAUGCAGGCUGCAGGUCAGAUUCCAGCCACUGCCCUGUUGCCCACCAUGACCCCUGAUGGCCUUGCAGUCACCCCCACCCCAGUGCCAGUGGUCGGCAGCCAGAUGACCCGGCAGGCUCGUAGACUCUAUGUUGGCAACAUCCCAUUUGGCAUCACUGAGGAGUCCAUGAUGGACUUCUUCAACGCUCAGAUGAGGUUGGGUGGAUUGACUCAGGCACCAGGGAACCCUGUCCUUGCUGUUCAGAUCAACCAGGAUAAGAACUUUGCCUUUCUGGAGUUCCGUUCGGUUGACGAGACAACCCAGGCCAUGGCCUUUGACGGAAUCAUCUUCCAAGGCCAGAGUCUAAAGAUCCGCCGGCCGCAUGACUACCAGCCUCUCCCGGGUAUGAGUGAGAACCCCAGCGUCUAUGUACCAGUGGUGUCAACAGUUGUGCCAGACUCGGCGCACAAACUCUUUAUCGGCGGCCUUCCUAAUUAUCUCAACGAUGAUCAGGUGAAAGAGUUGUUGACCUCAUUUGGACCUUUGAAAGCCUUUAACCUGGUAAAGGACAGUGCCACUGGUCUCUCAAAAGGCUAUGCCUUCUGCGAAUAUGUUGAUGUCAACGUCAGUGAUCAGGCCAUUGCAGGGCUGAAUGGCAUGCAGCUGGGUGACAAGAAGCUCCUGGUGCAGAGAGCCAGUGUGGGCUCCAAAAAUGCCACUCUGACAAGUAUAAACCAGACGCCGGUGACGCUGCAGGUCCCUGGCCUGAUGAACAGCUCAAUGAACCAGAUGGGCGGGAUCCCCACAGAAAUACUGUGUCUCAUGAACAUGGUGGUGCCGGAGGAGCUGGUGGAUGACGACGAGUACGAGGAGAUCGUGGAGGACGUGAAGGAGGAGUGCGGCAAAUAUGGCCAGGUGAAGAGCAUCGAGAUCCCAAGGCCUGUGGACGGAGUGGAAGUGCCCGGCACUGGCAAGAUUUUUGUGGAGUUCAUGUCUGUUUAUGACUCGCAAAAGGCAAUGCAGGGGCUCACAGGAAGAAAGUUUGCCAACAGGGUGGUUGUGACCAAAUACUGCGACCCUGACGCCUAUCAUCGCCGUGACUUUUGGUAGAGGGAAGGGAAGUACAGAGCAGUGAUGGGAGGUGAGCGUGGAGUGAACAGUACUCUGUGGGCUAUGUGUAUGAGGAAUUCUCAAGAAGAGGGUUAAGAAAGCGUCAGGGGAAAACAGGUUUUAUCAGGAAAAAGCUAAGACGAGAGCUAUCAGAUUCUGAUAUCAGAUCAGAGUAGAUGGGACGGAGUAGUGUGCUAUGUGAUCCUUUCAUCAGUGAGCGAGAAUGUGUAAUAUGAAUUACUGUGUUCUGUUCUUCUUAUUUGAGAUUUAGAUGUUGCUAAAGUAUUGAAUUGAGGUCAAUUGGGUACUGGGGGGACCUUUUAUAUGAAUUAAAUUGAAAGAUUUCAUCACAAUUCUUCUUUUAGAGUCUUCUUUCUGUCUGUCUCUUCAUUUUUUUUUUUUUUUUUUUCAUUUUUUUUUUUUUAUUCCUCCCUCUCUACCCUGCUCUCUCCACCUACGUCUUUUUUAGUGUCCAGGAUUGGUGAAGGUGCUUUUGCCCUUAUUACAUCUAACCAAAUUUGUAAACAGCAAAACAAAGGUUUAACUUAAAUGAUCCUAUUUUAUACAUACUGUAUAUCUAAAUGUUGACUGCUGUUUUUUAAACUGUCACAAGCUGUAUGUGUCACAAAUAACAUACUGCGUUGAUGUUUGAGGACCAGUAGAACAAUUUGACUUAAUAAACAUGAUGCAUUUGAAA